UCAAGGAAUUCAUGUAAUUCGGUAAUGGCAGUUUUGGUACAGUUAACAUGUAACAAUAAUUCAACAAAAGUUGUAUUAAAAGAAAUUAAAAAUAAUUUACCGAGCUGAUAAAUAAAUCACACAUAAUAAUUGCCGCUGACUAGAUAUCAAUAGUGUUAAAUUUUCCCUACAUUGUUUUUCAUAACAGAGACCUGAUUUUGUGAUUAAAAGAAUAUUCAUUAAAGUGCAUUUGAGUCAUGUCUACAGUAGAAAUUGAUUCAAGUUCAUCCCUUAAACAUUCAGAUAUUUAUAUAAACAAACAACUUAAAAACAAAGUCAAUGAAGAUGAUAAGUCUACAGAUGAAUUUGACUGGUCUUCAAAGUUUAAAAAAGCAGCUUAUUUAUCUGUAGGAUGCCAAAAAUACGAAAUUCUCUUGAACUUGCUUUGUAUAUAUCUAAAGAACGUAACUGCUGAAGCCAUGCAAUAUACUACAAGAUCAUUGCGGCCAACAGAGUUGAGUAAUCACAUUACUCAGAUGAUAGCAUUUUUUUAUUUUUAUUGGAUAAAUAUCAAAGAACAGGUAGAUGAUCACACUUUGUAUUUAAAUAAAAUGACAGAUAUUUUAGCUGUCUAUUUAGAUGUGGAAUUAAAAAUUUCAAGUGCUGAUACAGAAAAGGAUAUAAAUAAUUUGCCUAAUAUAACUUCUAAACUACUUAAUAUUUUAUAUGUAUAUUUGGACAGCUCAAUACAACAUAUUUUCCGUGUUUUAUUCAAAUGUAAAUUAUUAUCUCAGCACAGUAAAAAAAUUUGUGAGCCAAUUUUCGAUAAAUGCUUCCAUAUCAUUAAGGCUAAUGUGGCCAACAAUGAGCUAUCUUAUGUAUGACAUUUAUUAGCAUUAAAGCUUUGGAAAAGCCUUAAAGAAAAUACUGAGGAGAAGAAAAAAAUUGAUCAGCUAGCUGUUAUGAUUCUUGGAUAUCAUCCAUUGGAUUUAAAAGAUUUUCGCAAUAUUUUACCAGCUGUACCGAGUGACACAAAGAAUAAAACUCUUUGGUGGAUGCAAACAGAUUUAAUGGAUAUUAAAAAAUGUUGCUUAGAAUUUUCAAAGUAUGAAGAAAGUAUCUAUAAAGCAGUUUCUUGUAAUAUUGAUCAACCUCAUAUAGAUUCUGGUCCAUAGCAUAUGCCAUCAUACUUCGCGAGAGAUUUAAUUCAUCAGCGAAGUCAGCUAUAUUCUAAAACAACUGUGAGAAAUGUGAAAAACAGUAAAGACCGGAAAUUAAUACCAGGCGAAGUAAUACAUAUCGAUUUAACAAUUGACGAAAUGGACGAGGAGAACAAUAGAAGCAAGAAAAAAAAUAAAAAAUCGAAAGAAAAAAAGUUGACGUGGUUAAAAAUAAUAAAUGAAGAAAAAGUGAAAAAGAAAAAUGGGAAAUUAAAAAAUCAUGUGGAAAUAGUGGAUGCUCACAGUACAGAAAAUUUUGAAUAUAUAACCGAUUUUUUACCGAAUUAUAAACCUCUAUUUGUUAAUGAAAUAAGUGAGAGUACGAAACCUUCGAAUUUUCCAUUGUGCCAAGAUAAAAAUAGUACAGAAGUUAAUGCUAUUAGUUCAGUUAUUCAAGAUAAUUGUAAGAAGGUAACAAAUGAUUCAUUACUUCCUAAUACCGCUGAGUAUUCUCUACAAAUAAAUCAUUCUGUGAAUGAAAACCAAAAUACAAGUCCGAGUAACUCUUGUAAAAGUAAGAAAUAUGAUACAGAGUAUGAAAAACGUGCCAUUAGUAAUAUUAAUGAUUCCAAUAGCUUAAGUAGUUUAGAUAUGUGCCCAGUUUCAACAACUGUUAGUUCUGAAGAUAUUUUAAAUAAUGACAUUUUGUGGAAUGAUGAUAGUUUAUUUGGAUAUUCGGAUUACAAAUUAGAUUUUGACAUUGUCACUAAUUAUUCUGAUGAUUGUAUUCAUAAAAAUUUUGAGCCAGAACCAGAAGAGAGUGCGGUUGAUAUAAAUACGGCUUUGAAAAAUUCUUGUGAUAUAUCAAUAGUUGAUAGCAUUGAUGAAUAUGAAAAUAUUGGUAUUUUAGAUAGUAUUUUACAUGGGGAUACUACUAUGCCUGUGGAUAAAAAAAUUCUUGAAGUUUCUCCACCUAUUAAAAAAGCUAACACAAAUUGGAAUUUUCUUUUUGAUUAUCACUUAGCAAAUAUAGAAGCUCCAGAAGACAUUAUUUUAUCAAGCAAUCAAUUCGUCGAUCCUCGACUCACCAGGAAAAAUAAAGAUAAUAAGAUUUCCUCGAAAAAAAAUUAUAUGACGUCAUUGGGUUUGAGCAAAAGUAAAGAAUCUUUAUUGGAAAUAAAUAAAACAACAUCAAUCGAUGUUGAAAAUAUUCAUAGUGACUGCCAAUAUAAUAAUAGUACUUAUACAAAUAAGGAUAUUUUUGAAAAUAGUGAAUUAAGUGACUCCUUUUUCGAAUUAUCAUCGUACGCCGAAGAUAUAAAUGAUAAAAAUUCUGAGAGUAUUUAUAAAUGUACUCAUAGUAUUAAACAAGACUUACCUAGUCCUAUAUUUCUUCCAACACAUUCAACUUCACCUAAAACCAUGAAAAGAGAAGAAAAUCAUGAUAAUCGUAUCAAUGAAAGGACAGAAGCUUUAGAUAAUAGUGAUAAAAAACAUGCUGCAUCUUCCAUAUUUGCCAAUGUGUCAUCAACAACUUCCAGGCUAAUUUCACUAGAUAGAACGGCUGAUAACAAAACUGAUGACAUUAUUCAACGGAAAUCUCGAAGAUCAUUUCUUAACAACAUUGAAGAGCCAUCUAAAAAAAAACCAAGAAUAUCUCCUUCAAUAAUUGUUCAACAAAGAAGAUUACAAUUUUUACCUGAAGAUUUUGAAGAAUUGUCGGAACGUUCAUGAAAAAACUUUAUUAGCAGCCAAGAUACUGGAAAAAUUUCAUUCCUUCAAUGCUUUUGUCUCCAUACAGCAGACGUGUUCAUGCAUAAAUUAAACUUGAUUGUUGUCGGGCAGCAAUGGUAUACAUAAAGUAUUAAUUAUUCGUAUUCUUAUAAUAAGUAAUAUGUAUUGAAUUACUUUUAAAAUAAGAUAAAGUUUAAAUAAUAAUUUCAUUAAUUGGAAAUUAAUUAAGUGAAUGUUCAAAAUCAAUCUAUAAUAUUUAUAUUAAUAUUUUAUAAGGAU